AUGAGCAAGACUGGAACAGUCAAAUUCUUCAACGAGGAAAAGGGCUACGGCUUCAUCACACAAGACGAUGGCAUGCCGGACCUUUUCGCGCAUCGCAACGACUGCGUCGGCAACAUGUUGCAGGAGGGCGACGCCGUCAGCUACGACCAGGCCGAGAACGAUCGCAACGGUAAGCCCCAGGCCAAGAACGUGACAGGAGGCACCGGUCCGCCCAACACCGGCAUGGGCGGCGGCGGUGGUGGCAAAGGCAAGGGAGGCAAGGGCGGCAAGGGCGGCAAGGGCGGCUUCGGCGGCGGCGGGGGUGGCUUCGGCGGCCCAGGGCCCAUGAUGGGCGGCGGCGGCGGCGGCUUCGGCGGGUGCCCGGGCGGCGGCUUCGGUGGCGGGAUGAAGACUGGGGCGGUGAAGUAUUUCAACGACGAGAAGGGCUUCGGUUUUAGCCAGACGACGGGUCGCCCGACAUCUUCGCCCACAGGAACAACGUCAGCGGCAACCCGCUGA